AAAGCACUUGCAAUCGCAGAGAAAAUUGGCCACAGGAAAAUAGAAGCCAGAUGCUAUGCAAGCCUAGGAAGUAUCUUUGGGUCUCUCGGUGAAUAUGUCAAGGCUAAAGAACAUUUCGAAAAAGCACUUGCAAUCGCAGAGAAAAUUGGCGACAGGAAAAUAGAAGCCACAUGCUAUGCAAGCCUAGGAAGUAUCUUUGAGUCUCUCGGUGAAUAUGUCAAGGCUAAAGAACAUUUCGAAAAAGCACUUGAAAUCGCAGAGAAAAUUGGCGACAGGAAAACAGAAGCCAAAUGCUAUACAGACCUAGGAAAUAUCUUUCAGUCUCACGGUGAAUAUGUAAAGGCUAAAGAACAUUUGGAAAAAGCACUUGCAAUCGCAGAGAAAAUUGGCGACAGGAAAAUAGAAGCCAUAUGCUAUGCAAACCUAGGAGGUAUCUUUGUGUCUCUCGGUGAAUAUGUCAAGGCUAAAGAACAUUCGGAAAAAGCACUUGCAAUCGCAGAGAAAAUUGACGACAGGAAAAAAGAAGCUGACAUCUAUGGAAAGCUAGGAAGUAUCUUUGAGUCUCUCGGUGAAUAUGUCAACGCUCAAGAACAGUACGAAAAAGCACUUGAAAUCGCAGAGAAAAUUGGCGACAGGAAAACAGAAGCCAAAUGCUAUAGAAACCUAGGAAGUAUCUUUGAGUCUCACGGUGAAUAUGUCAAGGCUAAAGAACAGUACGAAAAAGCACUUGAAAUCGCAGAGAAAACUGUCGACAGGAAAAUAGAAGCCAUAUGCUAUGCAUGGCUAGGACGUAUCUUUGAGUCUCUCGGUGAAUAUGUCAAGGCUAAAGAACAUUACGAAAAAGCACUUGCAAUGGCGGAGAAACUUGGCGACAGGAAAAUAGAAGCCAUAUGCUAUGCAAGCCUAGGACGUAUCUUUGAGUCUCUCGGUGAAUAUGUCAAGGCUAAAGAACAUUUCGAAAAGGCGCUUGCAAUCGCAGAGAAAAUUGGCGACAGGAACCUAGAAGCCGAUAUCUAUGCAUGGCUAGGACGUAUCUUUGAGUCUCUCGGUGAAUAUGUCAAGGCUAAAGAACAUUUCGAAAAAGCACUUGCAAUCGCAGAGAAAAUUGGCGACAGGAAAAUAGAAGCCAGAUGCUAUGCAGACCUAGGAAGUAUCUUUGAGUCUCUCGGUGAAUAUGUCAAGGCUAAAGAACAUUUCGAAAAAGCACUUGCAAUCGCAGAGAAAAUUGGCCACAGGAAAAUAGAAGCCAUAUGCUAUGCAAGCCUAGGACGUAUCUUUGAGUCUCUCGGUGAAUAUGUCAAGGCUAAAGAACAUUUCGAAAAAGCACUUGCAAUCGCAGAGAAAAUUGGCGACAGGAAAACAGAAGCCACAUACUAUGGAAGCGUAGGAAGUAUCUUUGAGUCUCUCGGUGAAUAUGUCAAGGCUAAAGAACAUUUCGAAAAAGCACUUGCAAUCGCAGAGAAAAUUGGCGACAGGAAAAUAGAAGCCACAUGCUAUGCAAGCCUAGGAAGUAUCUUUGAGUCUCUCGGUGAAUAUGUCAAGGCUAAAAAACAUUUCGAAAAAGCACUUGCAAUCGCAGAGAAAAUUGGCGACAGGAAAACAGAAGCCAAAUGCUAUAGAAACCUAGGAAGUAUCUUUGAGUCUCACGGUGAAUAUGUCAAGGCUAAAGAACAUUCCGAAAAAGCACUUGCAAUCGCAGAGAAAAUUGGCGACAGGAAAAUAGAAGCCGAAUGCUAUGCAAACCUAGGAUGUAUCUUUGGGUCUCACGGUGAAUAUGUCAAGGGUCAAGAAGAUUUCGAAAAAGCACUUGCAAUCGCAGAGAAAAUUGGCGACAGGAAAAUAGAAGCCACAUGCUAUGCAAGCCUAGGAAGUAUCUUUGAGUCUCUCGGUGAAUAUGUCAAGGCCAAAGAACAUUUCGAAAAAGCACUUGCAAUCGCAGAGAAAAUUGGCGACAGGAAAAUAGAAGCCACAUGCUAUGCAAGCCUAGGAAGUAUCUUUGAGUCUCUUGGUGAAUAUGUCAAGGCUAAAGAACAUUUCGAAAAAACACUUGAAAUCGCAGAGAAAAUUGGCGACAGGAAAAUAGAAGCCACAUGCUAUGGAAGCGUAGGAAGUAUCUUUGAGUCUCUCGGUGAAUAUGUCAAGGCUAAAGAACAUUUCGAAAAGGCGCUUGCAAUCGCAGAGAAAAUUGGCGACAGGAACCUAGAAGCCGAUAUCUAUGCAUGGCUAGGACGUAUCUUUGAGUCUCUCGGUGAAUAUGUCAAGGCUAAAGAACAUUCCGAAAAAGCACUUGCAAUCGCAGAGAAAAUUGGCGACAGGAAAAUAGAAGCCAUAUGCUAUGCAAGCCUAGGAAGUAUCUUUGAGUCUCUCGGUGAACACGUCAAGGCUAAAGAACAUUACGAAAAAGCAAUUGCAAUCGCAGAGAAAAUUGGCGACAGGAAAAUAGAAGCCAGGAGCUAUGUAAACCUAGGAAAUAUCUUUGAGUCUCUCGGUGAAUACGUCAAGGCUAAAGAACAUUGCGAAAAAGCAAUUGCAAUCGCAGAGAAAAUUGGCGACAGGAAAACAGAAGCCAGCAGCUAUGGAAACCUAGGAAAUAUCUUUGAGUCUCUCGGUGAAUACGUCAAGGCUAAAGAACAUUGCGAAAAAGCAAUUGCAAUCGCAGAGAAAAUUGGCGACAGGAAAAUAGAAGCCAGCAGCUAUGCAAACCUAGGAAGUAUCUUUGAGUCUCUCGGUGAAUACGUCAAGGGUCAAGAAGAUUUCGAAAAAGCACUUGCAAUCGCAGAGAAAAUUGGCGACAGGAAAAUAGAAGCCACAUGCUAUGCAAGCCUAGGAAGUAUCUUUGAGUCUCUCGGUGAAUAUGUCAAGGCCAAAGAACAUUCCGAAAAAGCACUUGCAAUCGCAGAGAAAAUUGGCGACAGGAAAAUAGAAGCCACAUGCUAUGCAAGCCUAGGAAGUAUCUUUGAGUCUCUUGGUGAAUAUGUCAAGGCUAAAGAACAUUUCGAAAAAGCACUUGAAAUCGCAGAGAAAAUUGGCGACAGGAAAACAGAAACCACAUGCUAUACAGACCUAGCAAAUAUCUUUCAGUCUCUCGGUGAAUAUGUCAAGGCUAAAGAACAUUUGGAAAAAGCACUUGCAAUCGCAGAGAAAAUUGGCAACAGGAAAAUAGAAGCCAUAUGCUAUGCAAAGCUAGGAGGUAUCUUUGUGUCUCUCGGUGAAUAUGUGAAGGCUAAAGAACAUUCGGAAAAAGCACUUGCAAUCGCAGAGAAAAUUGACGACAGGAAAAAAGAAGCUCAGAUCUAUGCAAAGCUAGGAAGAACCUUUGAGUCUCUCGGUGAAUAUGUCAAGGCUCAAGAACAGUACGAAAAAGCACUUGAAAUCGCAGAGAAAAUUGGCGACAGGAAAACAGAAGCCAUAUGCUAUAGAAACCUAGGAAGUAUCUUUAAGUCUCACGGUGAAUAUGUCAAGGCUAAAGAACAGUACGAAAAAGCACUUGAAAUCGCAGAGAAAACUGUCGAAAGGGAAAUAGAAGCCAAGAGCUAUGCAAGCCUAGGAAGCAUCUUCAAGUCUCGUGGAGAAUAUGUCAAGGCUAAAGAACAUUUCGAAAAAGCACUUGCAAUCGUAGAGAAAAUUGGCGACAGGGAUACAGAAGCCACAUGCUAUAUGGGCCUAGUAACCACGUUCAAGUUACUCGGUGAAAAUGUCAAGUAUAAGGAAUGGCUCGAAAAAGCCAGUGUAUUGCACAUAAAUUAUGGGGCCGUCGAACGCGAGUCAUAUCGUCGCUUGGUUGUUUCAGCUUUUAUGUUUUAUGAAGGUAACAUAUCUGAAGCUAAAUCAAACGCCGUUGAUAAUUUUAAUAACGUAGAACGUAUGCGACGCCUCCAAGUUCAUGAUCAAUUCAAGAUAUCGUAUUUUGACCGAAUGGUUAGAGCCUACCGAAUUUUCAGUCAGUUUCUUUGUGCUAAUGGCUUUCAUUAUGAAGCUUUUUACACAGAAGAAUUUGGGCGAGCCAGGGCCCUUACAGACUUAAUGACAGCUCUGUACUCUGUAGAAAACGAAAUACCAGUCAGUCUAGUAACAUGGGAUGAAGUUCAAAGUAUUGUCAAGAAAGAAUCCAACUGUUCUUGUCUUUACAUAUCAUACUACGAACAAUUGAUACAUUUGUGGGUUGUUAAAGCAGACAAACCUUUAAUUUUCCUGCAAAAAGAAGUAAAUGAUGUUUUUGGAUCAGCAAGCAGAGUGGCUGACUUGCUUUGUCGCGAAAUUUACAGAGAGGUACUUUGCUUAGCUCCUGAACAAUGCGAGGAUCGAUCCUGGCUUCCCUCAAACGCUUACUCGGAGCAGGGGUGUGAACGCCUAAUGUUAGAAGAAGAUGAAGUUGUAAGCCAGCAACCCGAUCUUACUCCUGCUUACAUCUACAAAACGAUCAUUGCUCCUGUAGCUGACUAUCUUGAUGAGCCUGAAAUCAUCAUUCUUCCUGAUCACCUCUUUUACAAAGUUCCAUUUGCAGCACUAGAAGAUGAAAGUGGAAAGUCUUUAUCAGAGUCUUACAGGAUCCGCAUCGUUCCCUCUUUGACGACUCUAAAGCUUAUUCAGGACAGUCCGGCAGACUACCACAGUCAGACUGGUGUACUGAUAGUGGGAGACCCUGAUGUUGGUGACGUGUUGUACAAGGGAAUUCUUCAGCAGAUAUCGAGGUUGUCUUUUGCAAAUAAAGAAGCAAAGAUGAUUGGAAAACUGUUCGGUACUCAACCUCUUCUAGGAAAACAAGCUACAAAGCAGGCGGUUCUUCAAAACAUUCAUUCUGUGUCUCUGAUACAUUUUGCUUGUCACGGUAAUGCUGAAAGAGGUGAAAUUCUUCUUGCUCCUCCAUCCCUCUCAGAUAGGAAACCUGCUCCAGAAGAAGACUACUUACUGACUAUGGAGAACAUUUCAAAAGUUCAACUGCGAGCCAAACUGGUGGUCCUUAGCUGCUGUCACAGUGCAAAUGGACGGAGUAGUGCCGAGGGAGUGGUUGGAAUUGCUCGCGCGUUUUUAGGAUCCGGUGCACGCUCAGUGUUGGCGGCACUGUGGGCCAUAGAAGACAAAGCAACAGAGCAGUUCAUGAGUCGUUUCUACGACAACCUUCUUCGUGGGGAAAGCGCCAGUGAAUCCCUUCAACAGGCCAUGAAGUGGAUGAGAGAAAACGGUUUCUUCAAGGUGUCGCAGUGGGCGCCAUUUAUGCUUAUUGGAGACAACGUGACAUUGGAUAUUCACAAGUUAAGGUCAUCGAAAGGACAGUAA